CGUCAUUGCGCUACGACUUGGUUGUGUUGCUGGCCAUCUGGAUAUCACAGGAGUCACUAGAGCAGGCGCGACAAGGUGACACACUGAGCAUCGACGACGGAUUCGAGCGGGUGGCAGCGAGCAGCGAGGGUACAUUUGGCGUACGGAAUGCGUACGCGGAGAAACCAGGAAAUGGGACGGCGGAGGUGGCAGUGACGCGGGAAAGAUGCAUGGUCAACCAGUGACUGUAGGAAGAGCCGCAUGUCAUGAGCAUUCGCGCAGCGUGGCGCCAUUCGGGCGAGGUCGUGCACGGAGGGUGCAGCAUCUAUCGACGGUGAGUGGGCCACGGAGGAGACGAGGGCAGCCGCGGACACUGCACGGUGCAGGCGAUGGUGAGUGGCAAGUCGCCGUGCACCGUGCACGGCGACCGAGCCGGUAGAUGCCGGCUCCUGUGGCCACCUCCGUCCUCUCAUAUUGAAAGCAAAUUGAAAGCUACCACCACCUGCUAUAACGCCGUCGGGAGGUACAUCCUGAUAUCCCAUUCGAGUCCCGCCUGGCGCUCUCUGCAACUCGAAGAAUACCAUCUCGCCGAUAUGCCACCCGCGGUUGUGACCGCAAGUACACACGCUCUCCGGGGGGGCCUACCGUUCAGCGUCCGCUCGCUCAGGCAGCCAGCGACGCGCAGCCUACGCUGUGUGUCGGUCAAAACUCGCGCGUACGCCUGCGUUUCCCCUCUCUCGCGUUCUCUUCAAGCACGAGUGCAUUGUGCGCGACUUUCCGUGUCUACUGCGCGCACCUCAGAUGACCCGGCCUUCAGCAGCAGCAUACCCGCUCGCGCUGAGGACUUUCCAUUGGUGAUCAACCCGUCGCCGGAAGAGACACUCAACGUCUUCGAGCGCCUGGCGAAUGACCAGUACGACGAUCGAGUGCCGGGCCUGUACCAGACUCCGAGCGAGUAUUGCGCGGCGAUAAUCACCAAUACACGUCUCAUCAUGAAGUUCCUUCAUACGGUGGACGUAGCUGAGUUUCGCUCGGGCACCGACGUCGCACCCGACUCGCCGAUUGCCCGGGGCCGCGCUGCCCUCAUGCUCACCGCGCGUACCGCCCACCGGUGGAUGCAGGAGGCGUACCCUCCGUACGCGCCGCCUCCGGAAGAGGAUAUCGCGCAGGUGAUGGCGGACUUCUUGGGGAACACCCGCCUCAUGGACGUGUACGAGGCCGGCGCCCCGGAGCCCGUGAUGCAGUUACAGUGGCAGGACAUCUGCGACGCCAUUUUACUUGUGUACUCCGAGGCACUGCCUGCUCUGCAGAGAGUCGCGGGCCCGAUGCCGGAGGAACUGGUGAUCUACACUGCGGUACCAACGGAGGGCGCGGAGAGUGGAUAGGUGUGUUCUGGGUGUGCUUACGUCCCGUGUACGAGCAUGUCGCUGCUUUCUGUGUCUUGCUUGCUGUCAUACACGGCAACGAGAGUGCGUGGACUUUUAUGCCGCUUCUACACUCGUGUAUGGCCAAUUUGAGAGCACUAGCGCUCACCAUCUACCAAGGAAGUCCGUCUUCGUCAUUUAAGAAGGGUUAAUUAUAGUUCAUUAGUGAACCUAAUCAGGAUUAAAAUGAGUUCCUUAAGAACUAUGAUUAGGUAUUCAUUCUGUUAAUCAUGGGCUUAGGGUGGUAUGAUUACCUCCAUUAAUCCAUGUUGGCAUGAAACCAUAUUAUGAUCCC